UUAAUUGUAUCGUCUACUGUGGGCAAAAAAACAACAACACAGCAACUCACACUACUAGGAAUUUCAGUGUAUUAAAAUCUGAAUGAAAAACAAGGAGUCAUUUUGACGAAUUGAAACACGUCAAGGAAAUACAAGGAAAAUACUGUGCAAAUGAAAUAUUUAGAGAUUUGAAUGUUGUACCAUUCUUUCUCAUACAAAAAAAACGGAUUCGUAUGAAUGCUUUAUGACAUAGACCUGAAUAACAAAUACAUGAACAAAAAUGUGUUAAUUUUGAAUGUUGAGAUGAAUAACGGACACAGCUGUGCGUGUCUUUUGAGACUGGUUGUGUGCGUGUGCCCUGUGAUGGCCUGGCGGCCUGUCCAGGGUGUCUCCCCACCUGCCGCCCAAUGACGGAUGGAUGGAUGGAUGUGUGUGCGUGUGUGUGUGUGUGUGUGAGUACGUGUGCGCGCAUAUUCUCCAAAGUAAACCAUGCCUUUUUAGACAAUGCGGCUUGUCGCCGUCUGGCGGUGAGAAUCGGUAAAGGCACAUAUGAGCUCCGCCGUCCCGAUCGCCACCCGGAGGAGCCGCUCGCACGCAUUUGGCCAAGUUCACCAACUGCGGGGAGUGUUUGGAUCAGCUACUUGACUCCUUGGGUUUUUACCCUUUAGCCUCGUUUUACUUUUCAGCUGUUUCGCUCGGACGGGUAGCCCCGCGUUUCUUACGCGAGUUUUUAGCUCUAGCUGUCUUGUCAAACGGCGGAUGUAAACGUUUAAACUAUUCAAGAUAGAAGAUUUAACCGAUUAUUUUUUCAUUUUCCUUUCUCUUUUUUCCUGUUGAACCGCGUUACAUGCUUUUCUCUAUCAGUUUAUGUGACUGCGGUUGAACGGACGUGAUCGAUACGACGCCUGACUAGAAUGGACACGCUUUAUCUGCCGUGUAACGAUGAGCUGAGGAGCCGAUUGACCCGUUCACUUUAACCGUCCGCUUACAUGUCGGAGGGUGGAGGGGGGGGGGAAGAGAGAGAGAAAGAAGAGUGCGUCGGAUAAAUAAGGUGGAUGUGACAGGACGAUACAAACAACAAAAAAACACCCUUUUUAAAAGCCCCGGUUAUGGCUGAAGGUCCUCAGCCUACGAUGAAAGUUGUUUCCUGAAGCGCACCUUUUCGACGACUCCAAAGGCCAUGUCGGGAGUGGUCCGCACCCUCAGCCGCUGCCUGCUCCCGGCCGAGGCGAGCCGGGACCCGGGCGGCAGCAAGGAGGGGAGCCGCGACAGAGACGCGGCGCAGGAGCGGGAGGCGCGGCGGAGGAGCCGGGAGAUCGACGCCAUGCUCGCCCGGGAGAGGAGAGCCGUCCGCCGGCUGGUGAAGAUCCUCCUGCUCGGGGCGGGAGAGAGCGGCAAGUCCACGUUCCUGAAGCAGAUGCGCAUCAUUAACGGGAAAGAGUUUGAUCAGAAAGCGCUCCUGGAUUUCCGGGACACCAUCUAUGAGAAUGUUUUAAAGGGCAUGCGUGUGCUUGUGGAUGCCAGGGACAAGUUGGGUAUCAGCUGGCAGAGCUGUGAGAACGAGAAGCAGGGCAUGCUGGUGAUGUCAUGGGAGGGACGUGUUGGAGCCUCGGGGGUGGAGCCCUGUGAGUUUCAGCUGUACGUGAUGGCUCUGGGUGCCCUCUGGGCGGAUGCUGGCAUACAGGAGGCCUAUGUACGACGCUCGGAGUUCCAACUGAGUGAGUCGGUCAAAUACUUCCUAGAUAAUCUGGACCGCAUUGGUCAGUUGAACUACAUCCCCAGCAGACAGGACAUUUUGUUCGCCAGGAAAGCCACCAAGGGGAUCGUUGAACAUGACUUUGUCAUUAAGAAGAUCCCUUUUAAGAUGGUUGACGUCGGAGGGCAGAGGUCCCAGAGGCAGAAGUGGUUCCAGUGUUUUGAUGGAAUUACCUCCAUACUCUUCAUGGUGUCAUCGUCUGAAUAUGAUCAGGUCUUGAUGGAGGACCGCAGGACCAACCGUUUGGUCGAGAGCAUGAACAUCUUUGAGACGAUCGUCAACAACAAGCUCUUCCUCAACGUAUCCAUCAUCCUCUUUCUAAACAAAACAGACCUGCUGGUGGAAAAGAUUCACACUGCAGACAUCCGUAAGAACUUUCCAGAGUUUAGCGGAGAUCCGUACAGGCUGGAGGAUGUGCAGGCAUUCCUGGUGCAGUCGUUCAGCCGCAAGAGACGGAACAGGGGGAAACCACUAUUCCACCAUUUCACCACUGCAGUCGACACAGAAAAUAUACGCUUUGUUUUCCAUGCUGUUAAGGACACCAUCUUGCAGGAGAACCUUAAAGACAUUAUGCUGCAGUGACCUCGACCCAGGAACUCCAGCCCAGGAGGAUAAUGCCAAGGUACAGGAGGGCGGCAUCUCGGCCUGUGGACUUAAAAACAACGAAAACAAAACGCGCAGUGAAGAAUUGUGGAGGCCUGGAUCCAGGCAGGACCUGACACAACAGCAUUACGAGCACAUAUUUGCACUGACCUGUGGAGCGGUCAGCUGACCCGCAGAAUGGACCUGACUGAUCUCUGAACUCCAAACCUGUGGAACCAUAAAGUGACUCUGGGCUCGUGUCGGGCCCUGUGAAACACUGCCGGGGUCAGACGGGAAAGUUCAUCAUACACAGAUCCACAAUUUAACCUGAUAAAUGUCUAUUUUCUGCAGAGAGCUACUCUCUUUUUCUCUUUAGGUACCUAAGUACCUUCUUACCAUAAUACGCAUGUACAUAAAACAAACAAGACACAUGUGAGAGUAAAGUAACCACUGUAUGACAUGAGCACUGAAAGAGCAGAGGGGUGGAGUUGUAGACAAUACACUUUCUCUUGGAUGGUCCAACGACUUUCAACCAAAACCAAGUCAGUCUGCCAUUUGAGAUGCAGCUGGGUCAAGCUAGAAUAACAAGAAGCAGCAAGGAUAGCAGAAUGAAGGAGGGAAGAGCGAUGAGCGAUUCAUUUGGAGAGAACCUCAGAAUGUCCCAAUAUAAACACGAUAGAGGGGCUUGUGGUCAUGUGCUGUGUUAUGUGAUAAGGUUGUCCAAGUGUUCAUGUCAAUGAACUUAUUACUGGUAAUCUCCUUGUCUGCAAACCCCCCUUCCUUUUCUGUUCUCUGUCUUUAACCCCCCCCCCACACACACAAUAUUCCCUAUCCACAACCCCAUCCCCUACACUGAAGGAGAGAUGAACAGCUGCAGAUAGCAAAUCUCAUCCCUCCUCUGCUCCUCCUCCCCUAGUACAAUGGAAGGAUUAUGCCCUCCUUCCUAUCCUCCAUAACCAGCGGAAACAGGGGACUGACGAAUUUAAGACUCAUAGGGCUAAAGAAACACAUAGACACACACACACACACACACACACACACACUCCUGCUCCUGAAUAAGAAUGGUUCAUGUGUAUUCCUGAGUCGUUUUCUCUAUUCUGCCCCUCAGUGCACUGCCGCUCAUCUUCC